CAAGUAGCCCAGCCAUGUCGCUCGCCACGCUCCGCAGCUCCGUCAUCGACGCCCGUCGCGAGGGCAGCCACACCGAGUACGCGAUCAAGGUCCAGGUCUCGAUCGAUGACGAGUCGAUCGUCAUCUACCGCCGCUACUCGGCGUUCGUGCAGCUCCAGAAAUUCGUGCUGCGCCACCUCAAGGAGGGCACGUGCUGCAGCGGCGGCCGCUGCCUCCUCGAGUCGUUCCUCAAGUCGCUUUUUGAGACCGAAUUUCCGAACGCCAACUUUCUCUCGAAAAACUCCAAGUCGGUCGUCCAGGACCGCGUCUACUUCCUCAACGACUUUCUCAUGCGCCUGCAAGAGACGAUGGCCAAGUGCCCGCCGCGCAUCAUCCAGCGCUGCGAAACCGAGGGCUGCAAGGUCUCCAAGCUGCUCAAGAGCUUCCUCGGCGCCGUCAGCGUCAACCCUGCCCACUACGAGUAGACCUUCUGCCUCCUGUAUAUUUAGUACGAUUCAUCCUCUCGUC